CCCAUCAGCUGUUUUUGUUUUACCGUGUGGAUAUUGGAAGUUAAUAACACAAUAACAACAGUGUCGACCGACUCAAGGGGAACGGCACAUUAAGGAGGUGUUAUCGUUUAUCUUUUAUCCUGUUUAAAGCUGGGUUGUUGACUCGGUGUGUGAUGUGUGCCAUCUGAGUCGGUCUUGCCCGGACAUUCCUCUCCCCGAAGAGUGUGAGCGUGGCGCUUGGAGUCGGGGGGCAGAGGAGGGGGGAAGCGGGUUCCGGCGGGGAAUCGACCCGAGCCCCAAGGCCAACCAAACUCGGUCGGCAGGAGGAGAGGGAAUUCGGCGCCUCCGAUGGAGUCCCAGGAGUCCCAGGACGCAGCGGACGGCACCGAUCUGCAGCGAGCCUUCAUCUGCGCCUCGUUUAACCAGGACACCACUUCUCUGUCAGUGGGCACCAAGACCGGCUACCGGCUCUUCUCAGUCACUGCUGUGGACAAACUGGACUGCAUCCAUGAGGGAGUAGAGUGUCCAGACGUUUACAUCGUGGAGCGACUGUUCUCCAGCAGCCUGGUGGUGGUGGUCAGUCUGUCCAUGCCACGGCGAAUGAACGUUUACCACUUCAAGAAAGGCACCGAGAUUUGUAACUACAGCUACUCCAACAACAUCCUCUCCGUCCGGCUCAACAGACAGCGGCUGGUGGUGUGCCUGGAGGAAUCGGUCUACAUCCACAAUAUCAAAGACAUGAAACUACUCAAAACCCUGCUGAACACACCCACCAACCCCACAGGCCUUUGCGCUCUCUCCGUCAACCACAGUAACUCCUACCUGGCAUACCCUGGCAGCGCCACCAUCGGAGAGAUCACCGUCUACGACGCCAACAACCUGAGCACCCUGACGCUGAUCCAAGCCCACGACAGUCCCCUGGCGGCCCUCACCUUCAAUGGCUCUGGCACCAAACUGGCCAGCGCUUCAGAGAAGGGCACCGUUAUCAGAGUCUUCAGCGUUCCUGAAGGACAGAGACUGUUUGAAUUCCGCAGAGGCAUGAAAAGAUAUGUUAGCAUCAGUUCAUUGUCCUUCAGCGCCGACGCCCAGUUCCUGUGCGCCUCCAGCAACACUGAGACAGUCCAUAUCUUUAAACUGGAGCAGCACAGCCCCAGUCAAGACGAGGAGUCUCCCACAUGGUCUGCGUACAUGGGCAAAAUGUUCACAGCGGCCAGCACCUACUUGCCCACCCAGGUGUCCGACAUGAUGCAUCAAGACAGAGCCUUCGCCACAGUGCGACUCAACAUGUUCGGCCUGAAGAACAUCAGCGCCCUCGCUACGAUUCAGAAGCUCCCUCGCCUGCUGGUGGCUUCCUCAGACGGGUGUCUCUACAUUUAUAAUGUGGAUCCACAGGACGGAGGCGAGUGCGUCCUCAUCCAAAAGCACAGGCUGUUUGACUCCAGCGAGGAGCAGGUGGAACAGAAGGAAGAGGAGAAUCCGGAGGAUGUCUCUCCCGAACCAGCCAGCCAAUCAUACGCUGCCACUGUGGCUCUCCCUUCAACCCCGCCCUCCUCCACCACUCUCAUGGGUUACUCUGAGGAAGGCGGAGCCCAGAAGGGUGAGGUUAUCCCAGAACACGAGUUCGCCGAGGGCCCCGUCUGUCUGGAUGACGAGAACGAGUUCCCUCCAUUCGGCAACCAGAGUAAUUGACCAAACCCCUCUCUCACGAAACAUCCAAUCCAAUCCCUGCAUAACAAUCUGACUGUUUCAAGCAGGGAGUUGGACAAAACUAUUCCUCUGUUGAGACAUGGUGACACCCCCACCCUUCCACGUGUACCCCUGCUGGCCUAGGGUCAAAUCUUGCCAGAAUGUUACUUCCUGGUGUUUCUGUCUUCUGCGUCCCUCUCACUUUUUGUAAGGAAUAAAAAAAAAAAAAAAAAAAAAAAAAAAAGGGGGGGGGGGGGUAAGGUCCACAUUCACACUAUAUUAGACCGAUUGAAAGACUGUCCAAGAGUCCCACUGUUAACGCCCAUGUUACGCCAUUAACAACGGUGUUAAACCUUUUUUAAUAUAUAUAUAUAUAU